AUGGAAACUAAGGUUGGCAGGAGUCAUGCUAAGCGCAUUCGUGUCAGUCUUGGUUUUGAUGGCAUUUUUUAUGUUGAUAAUAAUGGUUUGAGUGGUGGUUUAGCUUUGCUAUGGAGGAAGAAUAAUACGGCAAGACUUAUGAGUUUUUCAAAGAAUCACAUCAAUGUGGAGCUGCCAAUGAAUGGCUACCAGUUCACAUGGGAAAAGGGGAAGGGAACAGCUAACUGGAUUGAGGAGAGAUUGGAUAAAGUGUUGGCCACCCAGGGGUGGUGCGUUAAGAGUGCUCUAUUUGCAAUGUUUCCUGAUAAAGCUUCAAGCCCUGAUGGAAUGAAUCCGGGUUUUUAUCAGCAUUUAUGGGAUGUGAAUAUUCCUGAACUGGUUACUGAUUUAAGGCCUAUAGCAUUGAGUAAUGUGGUAUACAUGAAUAUGGCUAAGAUGAUCACCAACAGAAUGAAGCCUAUGAUGGGGAAUAUUAUAUUGGACUCGCAGAGUGCUUUUAUGCCUGAUAAGCUCAUUACUGACAAUAUUUUAAUAGCUGCAGAGGUGGGGUACUAUUUGAAUAGGAAGCAAUGUGCAGUUGUUGGUUGGGGAGCUCUUAAGUUAGAUAUGGCCAAAGCUUAUGACCGUAUGGAGUGGCCUUUCCUACAAGGAAUGCUUGUAGCUCUGGGAUUUAAUGAAACAUGGAUUAAGCUCAUUAUGUUGUGUGUUUCUUCUGCGCAGAAUGAUGGUUUGAUUCAUGGGUGCAGAGUUGCUAGGGGUGCUCCCCCAAUCUCUCAACUAUUCUUUGCAGAUGAUAGUCUUCUAUUUUUUAAGGCUAAUAGGCAUGAGGCCAAUGAGGUUAAAAAUUGCUUGUCAACAUAUGAGGCUUUCUCUGGGCAGGUGGUCAAGUAUCAUAAGUCUAGUAUAUGUUAUAGCAGAAAUACGAGUAUAGAGGACAGGGAUGAGGUGGCACAAAUAUUACAGAUCACUCAGGCACCUAAUUUUGGGAAAUAUCUGGGCCUACCCUCAUUCGUGAGAAGGAAUAAGAAAGCAGCAUUUGCAUAUAUUGAUGAUAAAAUAAAGCAGAUCAGAGGAUUGGUUCGUGGAGUAAAAAGUUGUUAUCGCAAGCUAGUAAGGAAAUCCUGUUAA